GAAUGUUUAAAGUCUUUUUAACAUUCGUCAACAACGGACGUAAACGCGAGAAACCAAUAAAAUCAAAAGUAAAAAGAAAAAAAAUUAAAAUAAAGUGAAAUUUAUUACUGAAGUCAAAAAGAAUAGCAAAACGUAAUUACUAACACAACAGAAAAGUUCAAUAAAAGUAAGAAAAUAAAAACGGGUCAACUAAAUAUACUCUAUAAAUUAAUUGAUUUAAUUUUAACUUUGAAACAAAAGAAAUACAAAAGAUUAUUGAAUUAAAACACUAGGCGUAUACGUGAUAAAGUUUUAUCUUAGCAAAAAACCUCAAGGCGUAUAAUUAAUAUUUAUUAGUUACAAGUUUAAAGUACAUUUCACAAAUCUUUGAAAGUGUUAAUUGAUUUUUAGUUCGCUCAUUAAAUUAAUCAUUCCACAAAAAUGAAUUUACAUAAUCCGGCUUUUGUACUGGGUCUAUUUACGGUAUGGUUGAGUCUGAUGGAUUUCACUAUGUCCUUUCCCGCAUUGGUAAUGCCACGUUUACACAGAUCCGUUGAAGCAGAAUUGGAAACGAAUAACAAGAAUAUGGGUUUUCCACAGACGGAUGAUGAUGUUUUACAAUUGGAACAACUACGUGAAGUUCAUAAUGAUGAGAUGGGAAACUUUAAUCACCAAAAGAAGGAUGAAUUAGUGGCCGAUGAAGUGGUUCCUUUAGCUGUGCAAGAUUCUUUGCCUGAACUAGAACAACAGUUGGAAUCAGCUAAACCAGAUGUACAAAGCACUCAAGGUCCUGUCCAGGUUGGUGUGGAAAAUGUGGGUGAAACUCCGGAAGUACCGGCCAGUGAGCCCAAGGGCAUGGGUGCCCACCGUCCUCCCACUUUACAGAUCAAUGAUGGUGGCAAAGUUGAAAAUAAUGGUGACAAACCCAAAGCAAAGUGCCGUUUGGGUGGUAUGCAUGGAGCCGCACGUUUAGUUUAUGGCCAAAACCCUGAAGUUCUUCCCACAACUACUGCUUCCACUACAACAUCUACUACAACCACCACUACCACAACAACACCAGCACCCGAAGCAAAUUCUGCCGGUUCGGCCGAAGAUGAGACGGACGAUGAUGAGGAUGACAGUGAUGAUGGUGGCAAUGAAGAUGAAAAAUCUUCAGAUACAGUAGAUGAAGCCGUGGAAGCGCCAGUAGAGGGACCAUCUGAAAAUCAAACUCCCCCUGAGGGCGGGGAGGUUCCUCAAGAAGUGCCAGAAGCACCCGAAAAUCAGGAGUUACCGGAAGAAACUCCUGUUACACCAGCACCAGCUCCUCCACAAUUACAUCCCAUGAGACCCAUUAAAUCAAAUAAGAAAACCAAUAAAGAGGAAGAACCCGAACGCCAGCUAAUAGGCGAUGUUAUUGUAGAUGAAUCGGCUCUACGUAAAUCAGCUGCUCGUCGUUCGGUUGCCCAUAUGACUCCCAAGACUGCUGAGAGUUUGUUGAGACAUGGCAAUGGUCAAUAUUCCUCAUUCGAUAUGGCUCAAUAUGUUUUCUGGACAGGCGAUGAGGCUGGAGUGGCAAGAGCAGUAGAAGAGUUAAUACAGCAGGAUUUGAUGACUCGUGAAGACGCCUUGAAAUUUUUGCACGAAAUACGUGUAGGUAUUGAAUAUUUGCAAAAAUCCUAUGCCAAUCGUAUAUUUCCCGAGGAAAUCAGACACAAUACCAUUAAGAAAAGUUAUAUACCCCAGACAUUGCCUACCACAACCACCACUACAUCUACUACCACCACAACGGUGAAACCCACUUUACCUUAUUUGAAUUUGGAACAAAAUGUGGAUACCGACAGCAUAAAUCUUGCUAAAACAUUGGACAGUAUUUCUUUGUGGCACAAAUUACAGGCUAUGAAUAAUGCCGAAGGCAGACAAGAUAUAACGGAGUAUGAAAGCGAAACUAGACGCCCGAAAAUAACCGACUGUCAGCAUAAGGAAUAUAAUUUGGAAGAAAUUAUCUACAAAUUAGCUCGGAUAAUGUUCACAGAAUCAUUAGCUCAUGGAGAUGAGGCUCAAAGAGAGAUUCAAAAAUUAAUGGAUUUCUUCGAACGUGAACAUGAAUUGGGUAUCAUACCAUUGGACUUAGAACAGAAAGUUAUACAUGUCCUGUUGCAAGCUUUAUCUGAUACUUUAACCGAAAAGCCCGAAUUGUGGCCAGCAGCUCAAUAUCCCUACAAUCGGCUCUUGCGUUCAUAUGCCCAUAUGAAUUAUGCUAGACCCAGUCCCUCUAAUGUUUAAAACAUUGGAGUUAAAAAACACUUUGUCAAAAUAAAUAUUAUAAUACAACUAUAAUCAAAUCAACCAAGUUACAGCAUACAAAUUUAUAUUCUAUACUAAAGAAAUCAAUAAAAUCAAAACACUUUUUUAAAGAACGUAAAAGAAAAAAUUCCAUCAAACUAAUAGAUGUCGUCCAAAUUUCAACACCAAACUCCAAAUCUGAAACAGGCGCUUAAUUAAUAGAAAAAGCUUUUUUUGAAACAGCUUAAGAAUGUGUUAAAAUAUUUUUUAAAAAAUCACUCACACAUACUCAACUUUCAAAAUGUUGAAACAAAAUUUAAACACGUGCUAACUCCGUAUUAAAUUUUAAGGAUGUAAAGAAUUUAUUGAAAGAACAGGAUCAAAAUCAAAAUGAUUAUAAUUAUAUUUAAAUAAAAAAAAAAUGUCUUUAUAUAUUAUCAAAUAAUAUAUUGUAAAUUAAUUAGUUAAUUUUAUGUUAAAUGUAUUCGUGUUUCAAAAACACUAAAAAAAAUUAUAAUUUGUAAUUGUUUCUUUUAAGGCGUUCACAUUAUAUCGGUAGUGGGAAUGAUAAAUUCCACAUUGUUUUUUAAAAGAGAUGAAUCAGAACUCAUAGAGUUUAAGCACCAUAAGAAAAUCAAUAUUCUCAAAUAUUAAUAAAUUUUUAAGCUUAACUUUUUCUCUGUAAAAUCUUAGUGUGAACGCACAACAUCAUUCAUUACUUUUUAAAACGUAGAUAAAUCCUCCAUAUUGUUUUAAACCAAAUUUAUUGUAAACUAUUAUGAAAAUUCCAGGAAUUUUUUUAAACAAAUGUCAGACUAAUUGUUAUGAGCUUUAUAUGUCACAUUGUAUAAUUGUAAAUGAAAUUUAUUUAAAAAAAAUAUACGUAUUAAAUCACAAUUGUAGAUAACAAGUUUAUUAGGUAGUAAUACGGAGUUUAAUCAAAAGGAAACAAACACUGAAUGAAAUUAUUAAAAAUAUAAUUUAAUGUACAACCUUAAAAGCAACUAAUAAAGAAAUAGUUGAAACAGUAAACUGCAUACAAAUAAACAUAAUUUUCCUUCCAUAUGUGUACUACUUUUGUUCCACAUACAUUUAUUCGUAUUUCAGUUCAAAGCUAUAAAUAAAUAAAAUAUAUAAUAAACUGAUUUUAGUUUUAGUUAAUAAUAAGAAAACCAAA